AUGGAUACCCUCAGUGCAGACCCCGAGCUCGCAUCUGAGCUAGUAAAAUUGCUUAACAAGGAGUUACAGGCGACGAGAGCCAAGCUCGAGGCUUCCGAGCAGGCACGUGUUCGAUCGUUGUCUGUGCACACAGAAGGAGCAACACCUGCCGCGGAGAACUACAGAAGACGCGCUCACGAUGCCGAAGCACAAGUCGCUGUGCUAUCCCACGACAACGAGAUAUUGCAGGAGGAAGUGAGCAGACUGAGAGAGGCAGCGGUACCACUCUUUACUGUGUCGGAAGACAUGAAGGAUGAUGUGGACAUGAAGUCAUGUCUUCAAGGCAUUUGUCCGGCUGUAGAAGAAGUGCACAGGUUGAAAUCACAGAUGGAAGACAGCUCGGAAGCAAAUGCAGAGUCAAUUGCUCAAUUACGUGAGAGGGUGAUAAAGCUUAAGGAGAAAUACGAGCAGUCCAAGGCCGAGAAACUCGAACUUCACGACGCUCGCGAAGCUGCUGAUGCUGUCGUGGUGCAGCUGACGGAGGAGAGGGACGUUGCGUUCACGGCUCUGCACGACGCUCAACGUAAAGUUCGUCGACUUGAAGAGCAAAUCCAGAAGAAGAACGAGGAAUGGGACAACGUUGAUAUUGCUGAUGAUACCCGGGAAGCUGUUACUUGUUUUGACUACAUGGCUGAUCUGCCGCCAAUUGAGGACCAAACCAACAUCUCCAGAGAUUCUCUGGGCCUGAAGCAUGUAAAGAAGAACCUACAAGGUUGCCUGACAAAAGAAAUAAAAGCUCUGUGUGCCGAGGAACCUCUGGUAGUCAAUGAAUUAUUCAUGUGGGCAUCAAAAGAGUCGCAGCACGCCAUUGUCCUAUCCCCCGCAUUUGAAUACCAUGCUGGUGUUGGCAACAAGUUAUGGGUUAAGACUACAGAUCACGAAUGCUUGUUAGGUCAAACACGCGAAGUGUUUUUCCAUGAUCAGUUGACAUCACGCUGGAACUACGCCGGCACCUUCAAGUGUUUGAACCUCUUUACCCUGAUAACCAAGGAGUACAAGCAGUUAUCUAAAUUUGUUAAGAGCGCAGUCAUGCGCCGUACACUCCGCACACCCCAUCUGAUACCACCGAUAGUCAAAAAAUUGAUUGCAGAUCUGUAUGACAAGGGCGUGGCGAAAGUGGAGUGCACCGGCCUGCAGUGCAUCGGGUUCAACCACGACCUCUAUGAUUCUCUGAAAGCACUAAAGCCUCAGAGUUAUUCCACGAAGCGCAAACAAGGCGACGAUGGCGAAAUGCCCAACAAGAAGGCAAAGCACACGAAUUGA